AUGAACCCACCACAAGAUUUACCCUCUUGGAUUGCCCCUGAACUUUACUGCAAGGUUUAUGAAUUGCAGGAAUUAUGUCAUCACAUGCAGUACCCUGGGACUAUCAUGUGUGACAGUAAAAGUGCAAAUCUUCUUCUUGAUUUGAAACAGUCAUAUACAAAGAAAUUUUUUGUUACCAUACCCAUGACUGCCACUACUUCAUGGGAACAAUAUUAUAAAGAAAUCUCUGCCCGUUUUAGGACUACUACAGAUCAGCACACCUAUAACCGAAUCUAUGCCCUAGCAUAUGGAUAUCACUUAGGAGCCCUUAUAUUGAAAAAACCUCGACAUGUCAAGUCAAUUAAAGCUCAUCGACUUAGGUCAUUCCGAAGGACUUACAGGUUGUUUCAUGCUGUUGG